AUGUCAAGACUGGCCAAGCACUGGACAGGAUCAGACUCUGAGCUGAGCUGGAUGAAGAUCGAACAGGAACUAGUGGAGGUGCAGCCACUGCUGGGCCUUCUUUGCCAGGGUGUUGGUGUCGUGGGUCCAGCUCCACCUGAGGUGUUUGUGUUUGCAAAGAAGGCCAAAGUGGAGACAAACCUCAUCCUGACCUGCCUCGCCACAGGCUUCUACCUCAAAGACAUCGUCGUGAGGAUCAGAAGGAACGGACGUGUUCUGACCUCAGACGACGGCCUGACGAGCUCAGGAGUUCUUCCAAAUAACGAUGAGACCUUCCAGAAGAGAGAGUCUGUGGAGAUUCUGAAGUCUGACCUGUCAAAGUUCAGCUGUGAAGUCGUUCAUGAGGCGACUGGUGUGAAUGUUACAAAGACUUGGGAGAACCCUCCGGAGGAACAUGGACCUGGAGCUCCGAUCGCUGGCGUAGUCGCAGGAGUCGUGGUUGUGGUUGCUCUUGUUGCUGUAGCUGUGGGUCUGAUCUUGUAUCUUAGACGCAGACGUGGAGCCAACGACAACAAAGGUUUACCUCUGGCUGCUACACCACCUGAUUCUGCCAAACAAGCUCAAGCCCAGCAGCCAUCCUGAAUCUUCUUCUACAGACCAGCAACAAGAACUUCCAUCAGAGAGGACUUAAAGACUUGCAGGAACAACAGAAUAAUUUGCAUUAAUGAUCAAGGAACUGACCCCCCAGCCCGUUGUUCCCUCAGUGGCUGGGUUCAGUCAUUGUGCAAAUGUCCUGUUUAUAAGGUUGAAACCUGCAGUC